GUUCCCGCUGAAACUCUCUGCUCUAUAUAAGAUUUCUCGAAACGAUGUCACUCGAGACGUAUCCCAUCGCGAAAGAUCCUCUUGCAAGUUUUUGGCAUAACGAAAGAGACCGUUCAUAUCCGUAACACGGCUCGUGUCCCAUUGUUCGAUUGGGCCAUAUUUGCCCGCAGCACUGCUCGGAUCUUCGAUCCACUGUCGAACAGCUGAAUGGAUUAUCGCAUUAUCUAGAAGAAACACGCCGUUGCUUUCAUCUGAUGCAUGCAGAAGGACCGGCAGCAGGAAGGAAAACAGGAGGGGAGCGGUUGUCUUCAUCGUUUGGAUUCCCAGCCAAAGAACCACAACAAUAGCAAUCCUAUCAUUCUUUGUCACGAAGGCAAGGUGCGCAAGCAGAACUGUUUAGACUUGGAUGCAGAAGUGAGCACGGCUUCCGACCAGUAGUACAAGACUACAGAUAUCCAAUGGUGGCAGUCAUGCUGUUGCUGGGUCCAUCGUUCCGAGUGGCCAAAAUGUGAGGCUAGUUUUACCUCUUUUCUCUGGACAACGGUUGGGGUAAAAGAUUGUGUGACCAGCCGAAAUGGACCGGGAAUAACACUCGCGACUGCGUCCCCUCCUCUCGUCGAGAGACCACAAUAACCCAGAAAUCUCGACCAUGACACUGUCUUCCUUGGGUAGAUCGGCAUCCAUAUCUGUGCGAACAGUGUGCGGCUCUUUGGGAACGAGAAGGCUCUCCCAUCACCUAUCGGCCUUGAGUGGAUCGCAACUAGCCUCCAAGCCCACCAUUCAACGACCGUCUGUUUCCCAUACCAACACGCGUGAUGUCCGUCGGUUUGCCUCUGCCAGUGAGGCAGCCGCCAAAAAGGAUGAGGCAGCGACACCGUCACCAGAAGAGCUGACUUUUUCUACUCCCCGAGUCAAGGAAUUGUAUGAACGAAUGAUUCAAUUGGAACGAGACCAAGUAUCCUUGGUGGGAGAGUUGGUUUUGGAGACUUUGAAUAUGCCUGUCGAAGAGGACGAGUUUUACUAUCAUGGAAUUGGCAAGAGUGGUGGUAGAGGUGGUGCUGGAGCAGCAGCCCCAGUGGAAGUGGUGGAAGUGGUCAAAAAGGACAAGUUUGACUUGAAACUGGCUGGAUUUGAUGACAAAAGUAAAAUUAAGGUCAUCAAGGAAGUUCGUACAUUGACAGGGUUGGGCUUGAAAGAAGCCAAGGAGCUAGUGGAGUCAGCUCCCAAAGUUAUUCAAAAGGACUUGAAAACAGAGCAGGCUGAGGAACUGAAAGAAAAACUAGAAGCAGUGGGAGCUCAAAUUGAGCUGGUAUAGCUUCGCUCAUGACAAAGAUAGUCUACCCUUGAUUUUUCCAAAGAUUCAUGCAUAUUUUGUAGAAGAAACCACUCUGUUGAAGGAAUCCAUGUAGCUAGGUAGUGAAUAGAAGAUAUGAGCUAGCUAAAUUGUGAGUUUG